GUGCCGCGCGGGGCGCGCCGUGCGUGCGGAGCAGGCCGCAGUGCGGGCCGGGGCCGCGGCGAUGCUGGAGGAGGCGGGCGAGGUGCUGGAGUCGGUGCUCAAGGCCUCGUGCCUCCCGCUCAGCGUCCUGCUCUUCGUGCCCGCCGUGCUCCUGCUGCUGGGGCCGCCGCCCGCCGCCGAGGCGGCGCACGAGUUCACGGUGUACCGCAUGCAGCAGUACGAGCUGGGCGGGCAGCCCUACGGCACCAGGAGCGCCGUGCUGAACACGGAGGCGCGCACGGUGGAAGCGGACGUGCUGAGCCGCCGCUGCGUCAUGAUGAGGCUGGUGGACUUCUCCUACGAGCAGUACCAGAAGGCUCUGCGCCAGUCAGCCGGGGCUGUGGUGAUCAUCCUGCCACGAUCCAUCUCCUCUGUCCCCCAGGAUGUCGUGAGGCAAUUCAUGGAGAUAGAGCCAGAAAUGCUUGCUAUGGAAACCAUUGUGCCAGUCUACUUUGCAGUGGAAGAUGAGGAGCUGCUGUCUAUCUAUGAACAAACACGGGCUGCUUCUGCAUCACAGGGCUCUGCCUCAGCUGCAGAAGUUCUGCUGCACACAGCAACUGCCAACGGCUUCCAGAUGGUGACCAGUGGGGCUCAAAGCAAAGCUAUCAAUGACUGGCUCAUCCCCAGUGUGGAGGGAAGGCUGACAGGGCUGGGUGGAGAAGACCUGCCCACUGUUGUGAUAGUUGCCCACUAUGAUUCCUUUGGAGUGGCUCCAUGGCUGUCCCAUGGGGCUGACUCCAAUGGCAGUGGAAUCUCAGUGCUGCUGGAACUGGCCAGGCUGUUCUCUCGGCUCUACACCUACAGAAGGACCCAUGCUGGGUAUAACUUGCUGUUCUUUGCAUCUGGAGGUGGCAAGUUUAAUUAUCAAGGAACUAAGCGGUGGCUGGAGGAUAAUUUGGACCACACUGAUUCCAGCCUUCUGCAGGACAAUGUAGCAUUUGUUCUCUGCCUUGACACUCUGGGCAGAGGCAAUAGCCUUCAUCUUCAUGUCUCCAAGCCUCCCAAGGAGGGCACCUUGCAGCAUGCAUUUCUGAGAGAACUGGAGACGGUUGUUGCCAGCCAGUUCCCAGAGGUGAAGUUCUCUAUGGUGCACAAGAAGAUCAACCUGGCAGAGGACAUGCUGGCGUGGGAGCACGAGCGCUUCGCCAUCCGGCGCUUGCCGGCGUUCACCAUCUCGCACCUGGAGAGCCACCGGGACAGCCUGCGCAGCAGCAUCAUGGACAGCAGGGCACGAAUAGACACUAAAGCACUGACCAGGAAUACUCAGAUCAUUGCUGAGGCUUUGACAAGGGUCAUCUACAAUCUAACAGAAAAGGGAGCACCUGCAGAUAUGCAGAUCUUCACAGAUCAGAUGGAAAUCCAGCAGGAGCAACUGGAGUCAGUGAUGGACUGGCUGAGCAGUCAGCCCAGGGCUGCCCAGCUGAUUGAUAAGGACAGCACCUUCCUCAACACCUUAGAAUAUUAUAUGGGACGUUACCUGAAGGAUGUCAAGCAGCACCACGUGAAGGCAGACAAACGGGACCCUGAGUUUGUUUUCUAUGACCAGCUGAAGCAGGUGAUGAAUGCCUACAGGGUCAAGCCAGCAAUCUUUGACCUGCUCCUGGCUGUCUGUAUUGCAGCCUACCUUGGUGUUGCCUAUGUUGCAGUGCAGCACUUUGGUCUCCUUUACAAGAUGAUACAGAGAUUAUCCCUUAAAACCAAGCAGCAGUGAAGCACCAAGUCCCCCCACCCAGCAGCACUGAGCCAUCGGUGAGCCCAUUGGGAACCUCUGCCUUCCACUGAACCCUGCUGUUCCUUUUCCUUUGUCUCCUCUUUGCUACUGUACAGAGGGGAGGAAGGCAUAAAGAAAAUGAAAUUUUAACUCUUGUGCACCUUUGAAGUGCUUUUCUUCACCUUCUUCCCCUGACUUGCACCAUGUCUGGUUUUCCUUUGCAUUUGGGUGAGGGAGAGGCUGAGAGAUUUCAGCAAUUCCUGCAGUCUGAUUUUGGGCAGCUUCUCUGAGUGUCACCCAAAGUCCAGCACCUUCAUGGACACUGUCACACAGCCAGCCUGGAAACUGAAACUACAGCCUGACAUGGUAUCUCUGCCCAGCAAACAAGGACUUGGAGCAGUUGUUUAAAAGAAAAAAAACCAAAAAGUGCACAUGCAAAUUAAAGAGAAUGCAAUUAGCUUGUUUCCUUAUGGCACCUCUUCCUUGAGUUCACUGCCUGGCUUCAGGGAGUUGUGCUGAGCAAGCAGUGUCUGCAGCAAGCACCUUCUUGCAGUUUGUUCAAACUCACCCCCUUUUAGGAGGUGCACUGGGAGUGAUCUUGAGUUAUUACCAGGAUGAGGAAAGAUUAGGAUGGGUUUCUGGCAUGAGGGUUCUGCCAGGGACAGGUUCUGUCCUGUCUCUCUUGCAGGAUGCAUUUUUGCUGUGUACUUGAUUUCUCUGGAGGUUUUUGGUCCUUGAACAGUUCACAGCUGCCACCACUCUGUGCUAAACUCUUGCUUGAUUUUUGAGGGGUGUUCCCUACUCCAGCUGCUGCAGGAUCAUGUUCUGUGCUGUCCCAUGUACUUACACAAGCUGGUUCUGUUUGUAACAAGGGAAGAGCAGCUCAGACAUGGAAAAUUUAUUGAAAUACUACAAGCCCUAGGCUAGUUGUAGGUCUAGGAGAUAACCCUGAGCAUUGUCCUGCCACCCAGCAAGUUUUGAGUCCUUUUCUGUAAGCUCUUCUGUGUACAUGAGCUCUCUUCACAUGCCACAGUGACGCUUAAAAAAAAAAUUAAGCUACUACUUGUAAUUAAAGCAGCAUAUCUUACAGAGGCUGAAAAGCUAUUUUUGAAUUGAGGUGGACCUUUUUUCCUUUGAAUGCAAGGAAAAUUCCAGCUGUGGAUUCCUGUCUGCACAUGCUUGUUAGAAAAGGGGUGGUUGUGGCCAGUCAGUGUCCUUUGGAUGGGCACCAAAGCACUGAUUUCCAUCCUCCUUUGUUUAUUUUACUGUAAUAUCCUUCCUGGAGUACCCUUACCCCACGAUUUGUCUUUCUGCUACUUUAAAUAUGUAGCAAUUUGUUCUUUAAGGGGUCUUGUCUUUUCCAGGAAAGCCUGCUGGUGUCAGUGGCUCACCAUGGUGCCAGCAUGGUGCCAAGCACUCCAGAACUAUCAGCCACACUGGGAAUCUGCCUUUUCCUCAUCCUCUGAGUGCUCAUUUGAAAUGUGUCUCUCUGCAUGCGUGAAGUGCUCAUGGCACUCCUCUGCCAAAUGAAUUUAUAAUGACUUCAGAAGUUGCUGGAGUGGCUGAAAGGCAAGCCUUGAUUGUUUUCCACUGGUUUUUAUGCUCUGCCCAUAGAGACUGCAUCUGCUGUGCCCUGGGGAGCUGCAUGCCCUGGGCUGGCUGGGUUAGAACAUGCAUGGUACAGUGGCUCUCUGAAGAACUCUGUAGGCUCUGAAUAUCUGGGAGUAGUUUGAGUCCUCCAGCUGCAGCAUCCAUUUGUGGUGUGUUCCACCACAGGAGGUGGUGUUCCCUCCAGUCUAGCAGAUUAUUUCACCAGUCUUAAUGAUUAACUCCAUUACUUUGCUGAGAAAAAUAGGAAAAUAGUAUCAGCAGUGCUGCUGCAGCUUGAGUUGAUGUGUGUAAAAUUUGGCAAUAGUGGGCAAAAGUGAACAGAACAGACCUGGAGCUUGUUCCUUGCUGUGGAGACUGUCAGCCUUCAGUCUUCCAGAUGGGCAGCUCAAAGUUCAGAAUCAAAAACUUCCACUCAGUGUGUUUGCAGAGGCUGUAGCACAAAGAAACACCUUAGCUCUGUGUGGUCUCAGCAGUGAACUGUUAACACUCCUGACGCAGUGCCAGAAGCCAGUGGAAACAACCUAAAAUAAAGAUGGGUAAGAUUAAUGAGGAGAGUUCAUAAACCUGAGGGGCAGUUGGGAUGGCGCAUUGCUCUCUCCCACACAAUGGCAGUUUGUCCUGUAAUCCUUUUGUGUCUCUCUCCCUGGCUGCCAUAAAAAGUAGUUUUUACAACAGAUAAAAGAGAUUUUGCUUUUGAUCAAAGUGCACGUGCACUGAAACAUAAAUGCUCAAAUCUGAGAUAGUCAAAUCCCAGCUUCCUCAUAGCUGGAGCAGAGUGCCCAUCCUGGGAUUGAAUUUAAAUCCCAACUUCCUCAUAGCUGAAGCAGAGUGCCCAUCCUGGGAUUGAAUUUAAAUCCCAACUUCCUCAUAGCUGGAGCAGAGUGCCCAUCCUGGGAUUGAACUUAGUUCCCACAUUGUUGUUUCCUUAGGUAAGUCAACAGAGAAGCUUGCAAAGAGCCCCUGGAGCUGAUCUGCACUGCAGCAUAACUGAUCAAUUCAGUCACCAACACAAAGGCAGCAAUCCAAUAAUAAAAUAAAAGUUCUCCACAAUGUUGCAGAAGAGCUGUGUAGCUGAUUCUUAUUGCCCUUAUUUUUACCUGUCCUCUUUUUCUGAGGAGUUUGCCUGGCCUGUAGGGGAGAGCAUGGAAGGCAUUAUAUCCACAUCCACACAAGUGGCUGGCAGUUGAUACUUCUAGCCAGAAAUCCAUUUUCUUUGCUAUUUAUCUGACUUCACCUGUUGUCCUGGUGCUGUCAGAGUCUGCAGCUCACAAAGAACUGGUUUUCCAGCAGGGUUGAACUGAAACUGUUAAUUCCUUCUGCCCACUUCCACCUACAUGGGCACUAUUGGGAAUUGUUUGGGAGUAAUUUGGAUUAUUGUAGUUCAUCUCCCAAAUGAGAGGGGUUGGUUUAUUGUUGGGAGAGAAGUAAUGCUGUGCAAUAUGAACUCCACUCCUCUACUCAGUGCAGAGAAAAUCCUGAAGGCAGAAUGGAAUUAGGUCUCCCACUAUCUGUGGCUGAAAGUCACCACAAUCUAUUCUGACACUCAAAACCACAGCUAUACCCAAAAUUGCUGUGGGGCUUCGUUUUGAGGGUGUUUUGUUUGUUUUAAAUCUCACGCUCUUACAUUGUUCAUGGCCCAAGCCCAAAUCCCAGGCUGCUCCUGCACCCCAUGUUUAAGCUGGGUUUCACAUUUCAUUUGGUCUUGACUCACCAAUCUGAAAUGCUGGGGCUGCUCCUGGAUGUCUCAGAAAAUUGGGCCUCUGGGUACUUGACUGUGGACUCCUGCUUGCUCACUUUAAUCUGUUUAGUUUCUAUUUGUAGUUACUGCAUAGCAACUCCAAGGUUAUAAUCUGGAAUAUUUGCAGCUCAGGAAAAUGAUUUGAUUUAUCUAGCAACGUUAACUCAAUUAUUUAUCUCUUGUGUGCCCUGAAGAACAAAUGUAUAUUGAGGUGAAUAUUUAAAAGCUAAUAGAAAAUUCAAUGCAGUUGAUUUACAUAUUUUAGGACUGUAAAUGUAAUAAUAUUUAAGUAUUUUAACUUUGGGUUUUUUUUAUUUGUUUGUCCCUUUUUCCCUUGGAAAAUAAACCAAGUGAAUAGGUUUGAUGGAUAGAUUUGUCAGAGAACUAUUUGCUCACAAAAAUGGAAUCUCCUUGCAUUAUUUAGAAGAAUAGACACCUCUACAAAAUGGGAGAAAAAUCUAUGUAUUUAAAAGCUUCAUCCAGUCUAGUCAAAGUGUAAAAUAGUAACAGAAAACAUUUACACACUCCGAGCAUGAUUCCAGCACCUUGAGGUGAGCAAAUUCCUGUUUAUUCCGAAGGUUUGUGCUCAUGUGAAGCAAUUAAAGAUUCUAUGCAAAA